AUGGAAAGAAGGGCAACGUGCUUAAUUUUGUAUUUUUACAUUCGUUGUUAUAAUGAUAUUAACUCUGCAAUUCUACAUCACGAGACGACGACUAGAGUGAACAGUUAUAUAUACGAAGGUCACACAAAAGAUAGUGAACGAACGAAAGAAAAGAUACAAAGCUUUCCUCUCUCUUUACAGUCAAGCAAAGCUUCCAAGGCCGCCUUAAGAAAUCUUUCAAGGGAUGAUGAUUAUCACAAUCUAAAGGAAUCGAGGUAUACUGAAACUGUUAUACAGAGUGAACAAGUUCAGAUUCAAAACCAGAAAAAUUCCAGUCGAGAAAACCAGAUUUUAAUGUUAAGAGAAAUUAUCGACGACUUCAAAUUUCAGUGGCUGAGAUACUCUAAAGCUGGAUUAGACUGGAAAGAAAUAUUAAAUCCAUGUAAAAACGAUAUGGAAUGGAAGAAAAAAGGCUUAGAAACUAUCAAUCGAAGCAGUGGAAACACAAGUGAAAUUUUAUCCCUGGAUAUUCGACCGGCAGGCGAGUUCAGCCGGGUAUUCAUUCGGUCAAGGACUGCAGAUGGCAGACUGAAAACCGUUGGAGGUGAUUCUUGGAGGGUUUAUGUUGCAGGUCCAUCGUCGCUUGUUGCUAAAGUAUUUGACUACAAUAAUGGGACGUACGAGGCGUUGUUUCUUACUAUGGAACCUGGUGUGUAUGAAGUGAUUAUCAUACUGGAUUACAGUCUCUGUGAUGGCUUGAGAGAUCCUCCGGGUGACUGGUUCAUCAAAGGUAACAAGCAGGGAAAAUAUCAAAAAGAAGGUUUCCUUGGUAAACUUGAUGACUUCCUUUUCCAGCGACUUGGCAGUUUUGAGCAGCAAGGAAAACCGCUGACAAUAAACGUGCCUGCAGCACGUGUUCAAGCAGACUUGAGAGACUUACUUCCAAAUUCUCCGUCAUCGUCGUGUCUAACCAGCUGCAGGUUUUUAUGGAAUGGAUACGGACGAUGGGCCAACAAGACGUGGUUACCAUUCUUCCAAGAAACGUUCCAUUGGCAUAAUUAUCCCCACCCCUCCCCUUCAGGGACACUUUGGGUGUACGGUGACUCAGUAGGCAUGAUAUUCGUUCAGUCCAUGAAAAAGCGAACAAUGUGUGACCAACUGUACGAGCAGUGUAAGCUCAGCUACAACUGGAUCUAUCCUAUCCUUUCUGGCCAUAAGAGGGCAAUAGAGGAGUAUGACGUUCUUGACUUCGACGAGAAACGAGUAAUAAAGUCGAUAAGAGACGUCUUGUCUGACCCAGAUAUGGAUUCAAAUAGCACGCUAUUACUGAACCUUGGGCUUCACUUUGUCAUGACAAUCAACUUCACAACUUAUCAGAAAUUGAUAGAUCACGUGAUUGAUAUGUUGACCGAGAAGAAGCCUGGGAGCGAGCACGAUUUGUGGUACAAGUCAAGGGUAGUGUGGAAAACAACCACAGCCAUUAUGAAAGAGAACGCUAGUCAAAAACAAGUGACGCAUUUUCGUUUCUUGACAUCACAGAGAAUAUUGUUGUUUAACGCGUACGCAACGUGGGCCAUGUGUAAGGCGGGAGUAGACGUCAUAGACGUUCAUCCAAUCACUGAUUCCUAUCCUUGGGGACCAAUGGACGUUGUGCAUUAUUAUGGUUUUGUGACGUAUCCAUUGGAACAGCGAUUAGAGGCACUACAAAUCGCCACUGUGUCCUCUGAAGGCGACCAAGACAAACACUCAAUUCAAACGUGCGUCAGGAGUUGAUGAAUGGAUGGUGGAUCGAUGAAGGGCACUCCAUUGGAAAAGCGAAUAGAGGCAACACAAAUCGAGACUGAUACUGACACUCAAUUCAAACGUGCGUCAGAGAUGGAGCAUAUGAAACAUACUGCCGCAUCCUGAUUCUCUUAUCAUUCGUUAUCAUGACGCAGCAGAGCAAAUGUUGUGAUUGGUCUGGUCAGUGUACGUGUUGUCGAUUACAGUAUAACAGUUUAUUGGCCAUUGUAUUUUUUUUAUAUAUGUUACAAAUAUUUGAUAAAGGGAUAUUUAUUAAGUCGAACUUUAAAAGCCAUGGGGCUUAUCUGUAAAAUCAGACCUCCUCCAUUACUAAUAAAUUUCAGAAUAUAAU